AUGGCGAAUGUGUGCGUAGUUGAUCCUCCAUACUCAAUAACUCGGUAUUAUGACUACUACGACGUUCAGGAGGAUGCCUUGAAAACAACCCAGGUGAAAUCCCCAAGUGUGUUCAAGAGCCUAGAUCUGUAUGUGGACGCCGUCGCGAGACCUGGGAUCACUGGUCUUGGUGUCUAUUGCUUUUUGCGAAAGAAUUCCCGUUUUUCCAACAAGAUCAGACUUCACCGUUGGAGCAGGUGGACAACCCUUUUCAUGGCUUUAUGCGUUGCUGACCAAAGCGUCGCAUUCCUCGUGGAGAGACUUGACAAUAUCAAUAACCCUACACCUCAUGAAACCGUUGAUUCUGGUUUCAUGAAGCUGGCAUCUACGAGUUGGGUGUUUGUGUGCAACGCCCUGCAGGUGUACAUCACGAACUUGAAGCUGCAGGUUUUAGGUUUGCGAUUGACAGCCUGGAUUUGCCAAGCACUCCUCCUGUUGUCACUUGGUACGGGGGCAUAUGAAAUCCUGUCGUACUUCAAAAUUUUUGACAGUCCUUGGACGACGUUUCUUUCCUUCGCGAUAAAUGUGGGUGGAGUUCUGCUUGUGCAGUGCAUUGCCUUGUGCUCGGCAGCCACCAGGGCAUUGCUCUACAGGGAAGGUGGUGAAAGCAUCAGAUGCUUUGCUUUUUUUUUGUACGUGAACGGAGUCCUUGCAAUUGCGGGGCCGCUUUUGAGCUACAUUUCUGUAGUGGCCAUGUGGGCAAACUUUUUGUCUCGGGAUGUCGACCUAUUUGACGGUUUGAUUGUGGUUCCCCAGCUUCCGAUGCUUGUCGUGACGCUUGAUAACGGCCUGCAAGUGCUUGGCACUCUUCUGCUCACUGGCAUGCUCGGACCGAAAGGUUGGGAACGCCCGAUGGAAGCGUUUCGCCUCCUGGCGCACCUUUCUGGAUUCGGUCUCGCAUCAAAACGCAUUGCUUUCCCCGGAAAGAUCAAUGCACAAGCGACAAAGUGCAUUGCAUCCUUCCCUGGCAAAUACAGUGCCGAGUGGGACCAAGCUGUCUCAAGCAUUCAGGAGGAGCAGACUUGCUCGCUGGCAUGUGUGUUCUUGACAGAGAGAGCUUCCGGCUUAGGAGGCCACGCGGACAACCCCGAUACACCUGGGCACUGCUGGUGCCGGAUGAUCUAUGGCAAGUUGCCGGCGGAGACGUAUCUCAGCGUGGUGGACAUGGAAGACAGCAGUGAUGGACCUAUGACCGAAGAGAAGCUUUGGCUGAAGCUGGCCUUCAAGAAGGCGGAUGCCGAUGCUAUGGGGCAGGUAUUGGUGAUCAAAGAGGAUCAACCACAGCUGGAAUGGGAGGUCGAGCUGUCCCACGCGUUGCGCGACGCAGAAAUCAAAUGCAACGAAAAUCAUGGCAAAGCCCCCUGGGGAUGUCAAUGGUUUGAAGAGUGGCGGAAGAAUGUCGAUGCAGCUGUAAAAAUGGAGCAGUCCCUCCACGUCUUUUAUUUCGAAAGUAAAGCCGGCUUUGGCAAACUCACAUGGGAGAAGUUGCGCGAUGCAAAGGCCAGGAAGGAAGCGCUGAAGAACACCGGCCUGGGUGCCUCACAGACGGCUGAAGUGGCGUACUUGGAGAAGUUGGGCUUGACAUAUGAGGAGCACGACAUCAGAGAGUUCCAAGACUUUUUGCUGAAGCCGCUUGGUGUCAUCGGCUGUAUAUGUCAACCUGGUACAUGA